CUUUUCUCGAGUAACUCAGUAAUCUACAUAUUGCUAUAAACACUGAAACCACUCUCGCAUCAUGCCGACGAGAAGAGUUCAAGACAAGACGGGAGAACAGAUCAACGAAGGAGACUACGUGUAUACAAGGUAUCGUGGAGGAACCCACGAGGGAGAAGUUGACAAGGUCGUUACGGACGAGGCUGAAGCACAUGAAGAAGAGGUAGCCAAUCCACCCAAAAUGACUCGAGCCUGGGGUACUGUUACAGUGCUUUGGGUCUCCAUUAGCGAUAGCUCGGUGUUAGUGGCAAAGCAUAAAAGUUGUCUUAGUUUCCCGAUAUCUCACGGGUGGCCCGCGGAGGCUUGCGAUUCUGAUGCCUGGAUCGCGACUGGAUCUUGGCUCUCUCCAGGUCAAGACCGCAAAUCAAUGACGAAGGAGCACACUAUUGCUGGCUAUAUCCGUCAGCAGUUUCUCUCUGCCCGUCUCUAUCUUGCAUCACUGAAACUGCAUAACAUGCGGCUGUCUGCCCUAGCUAGACAUCUCCUUUACGGGGUACUCUUGAGCCCUGCGCCUGUGCCAAAUUCGGAACAUGAUCUUGUCUCAAUUUUGUCGAAUGCAGCCAAAGAUCCCCUGGUGAAUAAGAGGGUAUCGUCUGUGGCUGCAGGCAUCAAAUCAGGUCUUGCGACAAACGAGGUUUUGCAACAAUCUGGAGAUGAGCAGGUGCAACUGGCACUGAAAAAGAUCGAGGUAAUAUUCACCAAGAAGAGCAGCUCGACAAUGCUGGAUUUUGCAAAAGACAUGGUGGCCUCCGGCCUAGUUCCUCCCAAGAUCCUCACCGUCUUGAAUGGUUAUCUGAGCGCCAAAAUUAACUCGGCUCAUAACCUAAAUCCUGACCUCAAAAGCGGGCGUAUAUACCCGUCUAAAGCAACCGAGGAUGCACCGUAUUCCAUCCCAGAAGCAGCUCUUAGAGAGGCUAUCCAUAUGCCAUCUUUCUCCCAAGAGGAGAACAACAGUGGAAGGAAACCAGUGAUCUUGGUUCCAGGAACGGCCGCACCUGCUGGAACAUCGUUUUAUUAUAAUUUCGGGAAGCUGGGCAACGCUAUCCCGGAAGUUGACAUGGCUUGGGUUAAUAUACCCCAAGCCUCUCUGGGAGAUGUCCAGGUUACCGCUGAAUACAUCGCAUAUGCCAUUAACUACAUGUCCAGUCUCUACCAGUCCAAGGUUAACAUCAUCUCUUGGUCCCAGGGCGGGUUGAACACACAGUGGGCCCUCAAAUAUUGGCCAUCCACCCGGGCCUCAGUGGAGGAUUUCAUUGCAAUAAGCCCUGAUUUCCGAGGGACUGUUGAGGCCAGGCUGGUGUGCCCCUGGCUUGCGGGGAUAAUGUGCACCCCCGCACUGUGGCAGCAGGGGUGGGACGCUAAGUUCGUUCGCACCCUGAGGGCACUCGGGGGGGAGUCGGCUUAUGUUCACACAACGACCAUCUACUCUUCAUUUGACGAGGUUGUGCAGCCGAUGGAUGGAGACCAAGCAUCCGCGAUCCUCGAGGAUGCGCGUGGAGUUGGCGUGUCCAAUAAUCACUUACAGUCUAUUUGCGCCCACAAGCCCGCAGGAGGAUUGUACACGCAUAAAGGAGUGCUAUACAACCCACUUACAUGGGCGCUUACCAUCGACGCGCUAACCUAUGAUGGGCCCGGUAACCCUUCGCGAGUCAACGUCACCACCGUGUGUCAGCAAUCAAUUCCUCCACAGCUUGGUCUGGACGACUUGCUAGGCACAGAAGGACUUGUACUAGUAGCUCUGUCGGAAACCCUGAGGUAUAGACCGAAGACAUUCGCGGAACCCGAAAUCAUAGGCUAUGCCGCUUCAGCGCCCGGAGUAGGGGUGAAAUACCGAACUUGA